CUGAGGCUGAAGUAGCCCUUAGCCGAGUGUUGGGGGAAAUGUGUCGAGGAAGUGCUUUACCCUCCGCUGCUCGUCCCUGGGCUCCCAAGUCUCUGUGGUCCCGUGCCGCCCAAGCGUUUUCAGCGUGGUAGGGAUCCUUGAGGCGGGUGCUUGUGACUCCCCAACCAAACGUCACCGGAAAGGUCCACACUUAGUAAUGCGUCGUCAGCCUUCUCUGUUGUGGGCUUGCCUGUACCGUCAUGGGUAGCGCACGCACUCCUCCACCUGACAUUUAAACACCCCAGAUAAGACCCUGUUGUAUGGCUGGUUAUUGAGAGAAGCACUGGCGCCUGGGAUGAGCCUAAAAGAGAUAUCUGGAACCUGGUUUUGUUACUCAGCUUUUAAUGAGCCUCUAUGCUCUAGACACAAUGGCUGGGCACUAUUCGACAAAUUUAAAUCACACCCAUUGUCUUCACAUAGCACACAAACCAUUGGAGGAGCUAGAGCACUGGACAAGUAAACGUCAUGCCAAGUAAUGCUAAGCCAGCUAAAGAGAUGUUCAAACUGCUGUCAGAGCACAGAAAUAGUGACAGGAAGAAAUCUCUGGUGAAGACGGCUGUGCCUCGCAAAUUUUUAUCGAUGAAGAGUUGAUUGAUUUAUUAGAGGUGGCUGUGACUUAGAAGUUUUCAUUCCUUCAUUCCACAAACUCAUUUUGAAUGCUUGGUAUAUGCCAGGCAUUGACCAUUGAGGAAAACAAUCAUAGUCUCUGCUCUCAUAGGACUAGACUCUGAUGGUGGGGAUUCCUAUGUUAAUUAGAUAACCUAAAAUAACAUAAAAUCAUAAACCGUGGUAAACUUCAAUAAAGGAGAGAGCUUGUGGACAAAUGUAUAGGAUCAAGAAUUCACAUUGUGAUGAAGAGUGAUAAAGAAAUUGUUGGCACACUUUUGGGAUUUGAUGACUUUGUCAAUAUGGUACUGGAGGAUGUCACUGAAUUUGAAAUCACACCAGAAGGAAGAAGGAUCACUAAAUUAGAUCAAAUUUUGCUAAAUGGAAAUAAUAUAACAAUGCUGGUUCCUGGUGGAGAAGGUCCUGAAGUAUGAAUGGAUUUCCUUGACUUAACUGUUUUGUGUUAUAAUGACAACAAGAUAGAAAUUUUUUUUUAACCUUUUAAUGUUUGGAUUCUGUAAAGCUAAGUUUCCCGUUAAAGGGAAAAGUUUUGAAGAUGCAUUGUAAAUGCCCAUUUUUGUAAGUUAAUCAUUAUUAUCUUGGAAAAAGAAGAACAGUUUGUUCUUUGAAGACUAAAAUAAAAGUGUUUUUGGUUAA